AUGAGGUUCAUUCUACCGCUCGUGAUCCUCCUCGGAGCGUGCGCGUGUCACGCUCGCGACGACGAGAUCGAGAUCAAUGAGAUCGACAACGGUGAAUCGGUGCCGCGCGAAGUGCAACGCGUGCGCAACGUCACGCUCGCCAAGAUAUACGAGAACGCGGUCCAGGCCUAUCUCGAGGAAGACUGGGACGGCUGCGUCGCGGGUUUUAACGAUGCUCUGCAUGGAUACAAAGUAUACAAACGCAUGGUGAUAAUAUGCCGGCGAAAAUGUAAAGCUGAGACGGCAGGUUCUUCGCCAAUCUUCGCGGAGGAUAUCGAAGAUCUGCACUUUUAUGAGAGAAAAGUGAGGGAGACGCUUUGUCUAAUGAAAUGUAAUCAGGAUUAUCGAGAAAUCGCAGGUGAGGGGGCGCUUAAACGACUCCCACACGCAACGGAGAGGAAAUUUGUUGACCUUGCCAUCUAUGAGUAUCUUCAUAUCUGUUAUUUUCAGAAAGAAAGAUAUCAAGAUGCGGCAAACGCAGCUUUCACCUUUCUGUCUCUUCAUCCUAAUCAUGAGAUGACUAAAAAAAAUCUAAAGUACUACUUGAAUUUGCCUAACGUGACCGUGAAUAAGGUUGUGAAUUUGGAGGCAGCCCCCUUUGUGCAAAAGUACACUAGAGGUGUCAAGGCAUACGAAGAUGAAUAUUACGAGGAAGCUGUAAUCGAAUUUGAAAAUUCACUCGAGUUAUACAUAGAAUCCGAAGAGGAAUGCAGGCUUUAUUGUGAGGGUCCUUUCGAUCAAGGAUGGUAUCCUGAAUUUACCUCUUCAAUAGCAAAUCACUUUACGUUCUGUUUGAAAUGUAAACGUAUAUGUUCGCUUACAUUAAAUAAUAUAAAUGGCAAUUUCCAGAGUGACUUGCUUAGAAGUCAUUAUAAUUACUUGCAAUUUGCUUAUUAUAAAUUGGGUAAUUUGAAAGCAGCGUGUGCAGCAGUUGCGAGUUACUUAUUAUUUUUACCUGCUGACGAAGCAAUGCUGAAUAAUAAAGAUUAUUACAGCUUCCAACCGAAAGUGGAAGAACAGUACUUUACACCAAGAAAGGAAGCGCUUUCCUAUGUGAAGCGGCAAGAAUACGAGCUGUUGCUAUUGAAUUAUAUAUCUGUGGAGUUCGCGGCGAUUGAUGUCAGAUUUAACAAAUUCACCAAGAAGAAAAACCUGAAAGAAGUUGACAAGAAGGAAUUAGGGAAGGACUUUUCCUCGAGACCAAUCUUGCAUCCACCUCCAGGUCAUUCUCCAUCCAUUCGAACGCGACUCAUGGGUAAUCUAUCGACAUUCCGGGACAAGGAAGAGAUGAAGAUACGAGAACAUCAUGUCUUGGAGCGGUUAAAAGUCACGAAUAAUGCGCGAUUGAUAGCAGAAGAAAAUGAACUUGGCGGAAGAAACCGCUACGUAGCUGAUGGGUUUCUCAAUUCCACCGAUUGUAAUCUGCUCAUGCAACUUGCCCAGAUUGCUGUGGAAGGAGACGGCUAUGAAGAAAACAAAAAUCCACAUUCGUCUUACGAGCGUUUUGAAGGUGUGACCGUUGGCAGGAUAGCCUUGAUGGUUUACUUCGGUCUAACAAAGCCAGAAUUAUUGAAGCUAUUUCUGCAACGCACGGAAGCAGCUCGCAAUCACGUGGAAAGGUAUUUCAACCUUGAUCGACCAUUGUAUUUCACCUACACCCAUUUGGUCUGCCGAACAGCUUUACUCGAUUCACCGGCGAAUAGAACUGAUCUUAGUCAUGAGAUUCACGCUGAUAACUGCGUGAUAAAAAACGAAGGUACCUCAUGCUUGCGAGAAGAUCCUGCAUAUACGUGGCGGGACUACUCGGCGAUUUUAUAUCUCAAUGAUGAUUUUGACGGCGGCGAAUUCUUCUUCGUAGAAGACGGGAAAAGACGUCGCGUCCAAGGUAUCGUUCGACCUCGGUGUGGACGUAUGGUGGCUUUCUCUGCCGGCGGUGAGAAUCUUCAUGGUGUUCAGGGUAUACGUAGUGGCAAGAGGUGCGCAGUGGCGUUAUGGUUCACUCAGGAUGAAAAAUAUUUGGAGUAUGAGAGGGUAGUGGCGAAUAUUGUGUUGCAAAGAGUCCACACUUUGGGUGCUGUACAACGCGAGGAUACCCAAAUACCACUACAAUAUGAAGACACACUGAUCCAAUGUUUCAAAGAAGAUAAGACGUUGAGGCAGAUAUUGAAGGAAUUUACGCGAAAAGGCAGUAAACAUUGGUAAAAAUUAAUAGCAAUUUACACAAGAUGUCCAAAUGUCCAAGCGAGAA